AUCCAUUUCAGAUGCAAUAUAUCAUGCUUGCCUGAAGCCAUGCAGUUGGUGCGAGCUGCUAGCAGGCCAUUGCGCCACGCAGGCGAACGCUUGCCGCAGGCGAGAAGACGCUUUUCCGACUUUAUCACAGCCAAGGAUGAAGGCCACGGACUACGCCUGGCCUUUGCUGCAGCCUGCCUGCCACACCCGGAGAAGGUGGAGAAGGGUGGCGAAGAUGGAUACUUUGCAGAUCCUACAACGCGUGCCUUCGGGGUGGCGGAUGGCGUCGGCGGCUGGGCUGACAACGGUGUAGAUCCCGGGCUGUUUGCUCGGCGUCUUCUCCAUCUCUGCCUGGAGGGCAUCAGGGCGGAGGAGAGCGACCUCCAAGAGGCGCUUCUCAAGGCCAGCCAGCGGAUCUUGCAGGAGAAGCUCGAGGGCGGCUCCACCGCUUUGCUGGGGCAGCUGAAUGGUACAACUAUGGGCAUCCUGAACUUAGGUGACUCAGGCGCGAUGCUGCUGAGACCAGCUCUGCGCACCCCCCCGGGCUCCGACCAACCACUGCUCUUUCCGCGGGUGGUGUUCAGGUCCAGCGAUCAGACGCAUUACUUCAACUGCCCCUACCAGUUGGGCAGUGGCAAUGCCCCGGUGGAGGCGCCGGACUUCAUCCGUAUUCGAGUCCGAACUGGAGAUUUGGUAGUUGCAGCUACAGAUGGAGUCUUUGACAACUUAUUUGAUCAUCAGGUGCAGGCCAUCGUUGCACAACAGCUGGGUAAGGCCUGGAGCAAAGGAGCACCAGUCGCACCGCACUUGAACGGCCUGGCCACCAGCAUUGCCAAGCAGGCUCAAAGAAUCGGACAGCAAGAGGACCACAAGGACAUCAUCACACCCUUUGCCUUGGCUGCCCAUUCGGAGGGUCUCUCCUUUCGAGGUGGCAAGCUGGAUGACACCACAGUGGUCGUCGGACUGGUGUGCAAUGAUCUUGGGUCAGAAGGCGAUCAGUUGCUCCAGAACUGGUGAGAAGGCGACGACAUUGAGCUCUUAGGACUCCAUGCGCAGAAUCUGUCGGACAGCGCUGGACCGUGAGUCUGAGACGUUAAGUCGAAGUCUG